AUAUUUUCAAUAAAUAUGGCUGCCCCCGCUCCCGAUGCAGAAGGUCGUAUUGGUGCUCGUAUCGAAAACUACACCAAAUUCUGGUCAAAGGACUUGUCUCAGGAGAAGGAAGCGCACACGGACAUCAGGGUUGAUGGAUACACAGAUGUUGUGAAUGGGUACUAUGACGCCGUCACUCAGAUUUAUGAGUAUGCGUGGUCCCAGUCGUUCCACUUUUCAAGGUUUUACAAGGGCGAGAGUUUCGCAGCUUCGCUUGCGCGUCAUGAGCAUUACCUUGCCGCCCAGAUGAAUUUGAAGCCAGGCAUGCGCGUCCUUGACGUUGGAUGUGGUGUCGGUGGACCCGCUCGUGAAAUUGCCCGUUUCUCCGAUGUUAACAUCGUCGGUCUCAACAAUAACGACUAUCAAAUUUCCAAGGCGCGUAAGCACACUAAAAACGCCGGCCUAGAAGACCAGAUUACCUUUGUCAAGGGAGAUUUCAUGAAGCUAACAGAACAAUUUGGGGAGAAUUCAUUCGAUGCUGUCUAUGCUAUUGAGGCGACAGUGCACGCACCUACAUGGGAGGGUGUGUACGGCGAGAUAAUGAAAGUUUUAAAGCCUGGAGGAAUUUUCGGUGUUUACGAAUGGUGCAUGACCGAUGCCUGGGACCCUUCGAUAGCCUCCCACAAGGAGCUGGCGCACGGCAUCGAGAUCGGUAAUGGCAUUCCUGAGAUGCGACCCCUUCGUCUUGCACGCCAAGCUAUGAAGACCGUUGGAUUUGAGAUUCUCCACGAAGAGGACCUCGCUGAGCGUCCUGAUUCAGUUACGUGGUAUUAUCCUCUGGAGGGUGAUUUCCGGAAAGCACAAACAUUUUGGGAUUUGAUACUUGUGUGGAGAACGAGCACUAGCGGCAAGUUCGUCAGCCAUAAUGGUCUGCGCUUGUUGGAGUUCCUCCGUAUCAUUCCUAAAGGUACAUGGGAGGUGUGCGAGGAGCUUAAGGUGGCUGGUGACUCCUUAGUCAAAGGUGGACAGACGAAGCUCUUCACACCGAUGUACCUCGCCAUCUGCAGAAAACCCAAUUAGGUGUUUUGUUCCUCGCGCUAUCUCAAAGGAAUCUUUGAUUAUCAUGUUAUACCACCACUUAAUAGAGCAGCACACUUGUUCGGACAUAUUUGUGGUUGACGUAUGACAAAUAAAGUACAG